CAGGCCCGCCGUGUGCCCGUGUGGAAGCAACCUCGGGUCCCCUGGAAUCAAUCGAUCACACGCGGCCCGCCCCAUUCGGCCAUUCCCAGCCUUCCAGAGCCCGCCGCCGCCGGCCGCUGCUCCGCCGACGCGGGGGAUGCCACCGGCGGUAGGGCCCGCCUCGCCGCGCCAAAACCCUAUCGGGGCCGAGCUCCCUGCCGCGGCGGCUUGCAUGGCGAACCCAGGCCUAGGGCUUGGCCUCGCGCCACCGGGCCCCGAGCCCUCCGCCGGAGCGCCGCCGCCGUCUUCACGCCGCGCGCCGCGCUUGGCCAAGCGGCGCCACGCGCCCGCCUCCUCCCGCUCCCGCGCGCCGCAGGCCUCAGCCGGAACAUGGAACCCAUUUGGCGGCGGCGGCGGCGGCGGUCCGGAUGGACAGACCGGAGGCUUUGUGUUUGGUUCUGCUUCGGCAGUGAGCCAGCAGCCUUCGGAGCCAGCAGUGGGGGUAGCUCCACCCACUGAGGCGCCCUUCGUGUUUGGGAGCGUAAGGGAGAGCCUGCCUCGGUUUGACGAGGGAUUGUUGGCUUCAUCAAAGCUCCCUGAUAAGAUGGAGAAGCUGAACCUGCGCACAUCGGGUGAUGUUGGUGAUGGUCUCGGUCAGGGGAGGGAUCGAAAGGAUGGAAGUUCGGCAUUUGGUGUUGAUAUAUCUGGUUUGUUUUCUAAUAACAAGGAAGCUAAUGUGGUUCAGGAGAAGCUUACACAGUUGAAUUUAGGCCACAGAGAACCCUUGCAAAGUGAGAAGAGGGAUAGUGCUAAUGGUGUGCCACAAGCAUUUGUGUUUGGAGGUAAUGGAGCUGGGAGUUUUGGUGACUGUAAGAACACAGUUGGCCCUGGUGCACAUUCAGAUGCUCUUAGUUCAGUUCAUGGCACUGAUGCAAAAGCUGCGGCUGGGAAGUCGAUGCAGUUCAAUAUAGGCAGUCAAGCACCUUCCAGGGGUGGGGGGAUUGAUCGUACUAAUGGAGCACCAGAAGCUUUCACAUUUCGAAGUACCGCAGUAAGUGAUCAUGUGGAUAAUAUAAACAGUGUCGACUCUGGUGCCAAUACCAGCUCGUCCACUGUUAGUAAAGGUGUGGGUGGUGCAGAUUUGCUUCCGGAAAAGUUAACACAGUUGAGUAUAGGAAGUGACAUGCCCUUGCAUGAGAUGAAAAGUGGUUAUCAACCCAAAGUGUUUACAUUUGGAAGUGGAGGAGUCUCAGGUGCUGUUUUUGGGAAGGAAACCGGCAGCACAUCAGAUAGGAGCAGUGAAUUUUUCUCUGCAAAUAGCAAUACAUCUAGUUCAAGCAGUGAUUUUUUGUCUACAGCAAAUAGCAACGCUUCUAAUUCAGCUAAUGGCACUUACUGUUUGCCUCCAGAGAAGACACCAGAUUUGAAUGCAGGAGAUGGAGUCAUGUUGCAGAGCUUGGAAAGUGAUAAUUCUAAUUGUCCACUGCAGACAUUUUUAUUUCAAAGAAAUGAAACCCAAAGCUCUGUUUCACACUCUGCAAGCAUAGCCAUGGAUGACGGUGGAAAUUUUGUCAAUGAUGAAAAUACUGACACCUGUAGUUCUCGUGGUACAGUGGAGUGUGCAGGUGCUCUCCCAGAGAAGAUGACAAAGUUAAAUAUAGGAUGCGGAGUUCCAUAUCAUAGCAGGAAAGAUGAAACUGCUACUGAACCACCAGAAGUAUUUGUAUUUGGACGUAAUGUUUCUAGCUUUUCUUCUGCCCAGACUGCAAGUAAAUCGAAUGAUCCCACUUCUUCUGAAUUUUGUUUUGAAAGCAAAGCAGAGGCAACUUCAGGAUAUGGGGCUGUUCCCCAAAAUAAAGUUCAGGAGUCAUACCCAUUUACAAAUUUGAAUAAUUCAUGUAGUUCCUCUACUUUUGAGAAUGUAGUUCCUGCUUUCAGUUUUGGGGCAACGAAUGCAGAAACAGAAACUGCUCCAGAUGAUCAUUUUUCUGUCAAACAGGAUUUGCCUGGGUAUUCCAGAGAGACCUUAUUUGGUUUAGACAGUAUAAAAUCUGCAUACAAGGAGAAAAGGGAAGCACGUAAAGGCAAAAUGAAAAAUAAAAGGCCAACUAGUCUGAAGCAACAUGCUCAGCUCCAUCAGGAUGUUUCUAAGGAAGCCUCUACCAAUGGAGAAGCAUCAGAUUUAGCAGGUGACUAUUCACCAAUGGAUUGUUCGCCGUAUCCUGCAGAAGCUGAACAUGUGCCAACAGAGGCAUAUGUGGCUUCUGAUCAGCCUGUUCACAUAGGCGAUAGUGUUAUCUCGAACUGGAACACCAGUUGUGCUGAAGAUGAUGUAGUUUCUGCAACCGAGCACUUGGUUCUUGAUGCAGACCUGCCGAUGUUUGGAGAUGAAGGUAGAGGACCGAAACUUGAUGCAUCUGAGAUCAAUUUUGGUAGCAGCUUUUCUAGUUUUGAAGGAGAUCGAAGUAAUUCAUCACAACAUUCUUUCACUAAUAUUGGGCAAGACUGUAAUGAGAAUACCUACAGAACUCCCCAUGAUUUUGUUGAGGCUGCUGCUUUUCAAUCAAGCUCAUCAAAUUUGAAUGGGCUGAACUUUAGAUUCGGUGUGUCAACCUAUCCACAAAUCUCUGCAGCAGCACAAAGACGUAACACAAGAAGGAAGUUAAGAACAAAGGGCAGUCUGGCAUCGAAACCUUCAACUAUCAACUCUUUUGAACAGCCAAAAUCUUCACAAGAUACUAAGGGCAUGCAGUUUUUCUGUGAAACAAGUAAAAAUCAAGACUCAGUGAAAGAGCAACCAUCAAGAGAUUCUUCUAUUUCUGUGGCCUUGGAGACUUGUGAAACUUGGCGUACUAGUGGAAAUAAUGCCUAUGCAAAUGGGCACUUUGCUACUGCAGAGGAUUAUUAUACCCGCGGAAUAAACUCUGUUAUCCAGUAUGGUGUUUCUGGACAUUGUUCCCGUGCAUUGAUGCUGUGUUACAGCAACCGUGCAGCUACAAGAAUGUCACUUGGGAUGAUGUCUGAAGCGCUUCAGGAUUGUUUGACUGCUACAUCAAUUGACCCCACCUUUCUUAAAGCUAAAGUUAGAGCUGCCAAUUGCCAGCUUGCAUUGGGCGAUCUUGAAGAUGCAUCAAGGAGUUACAUGUCCUGUUUGAACAGUAACACUGGGAGCUCUGACCCUAAAAUAUUCGCUGAGGCUUCUGAUGGUUUGGAAAGAGUCAAGAGAGUGACCGAUUGGGUAUCCCAGUGCAAGGAACUUCUUGAGAAAAGAACAUCUCCUGAAGCAACAAAAGCCUUAGAAUUGAUCUCCAAUGCAUUGCACAUAUGUCCACAUUCAGACAGCCUCAAGGAGAUGAAAGCAGAUGCAUUGCUGAUGCUACGAAGAUUUGAAGAAGUGAUUCAACUAUGUCAGGAGUCUGUAAAUCCGACUGAAAGAAAUUCAGUUUUAUUCAAAGACAACGGAGAACCAAAGAAUUCCAGAGUCUCUGAACAGACACAGUUCUCUGGAAGGUAUUGGCGGCCCUACCUCAUUUGCAAGUCUUAUUUUCUUUCAGGCAAGCUUGAUGAGGCUCUUGAAUUGUUAAAGAAACAUGAGCAAGUCACACCUGUCAAAGAAAGUGAAGUGAGCACAUAUCAAGAAAAAUUCUCAUCAUUAUCAGCGACUGUAAGAGAACUACUUUCCCUUAAGGCUGCUGGAAAUGAAUCAUUUCAAGCUGGUAGAUAUUCAGAUGCUGUCAAACAGUAUUCAGCAGCUUUGGCAUGCAAUAGUGAAUCACGCCCAUUUUCAGCUGUCUGUUUUUGCAAUCGCGCAGCUGCGUAUCAAGCACUCGGUCAAGUUACUGAUGCAAUAGCAGAUUGUUCACUUGCCAUGGUUCUUGAUACAAAUUAUCCCAAGGCAAUUUCAAGACGAGCCACCUUAUACGAGAUGAUAAGGGAUUAUGACCAAGCUGCUAAUGAUGUAAGGAAGCUAAUCUCUCUUCUUGAAAAGAAAGUCAAUGUGUCUGGAGUGUCACCAAAAGCUUUCAACAAGCACAAAGAUCUCAAGCAAGCACAUGCGAGGCUUUCAUCCAUAGAGGAUGAAGCAAAAAACGAUAUCCCCCUGAAUUUGUAUUUAAUCUUGGGAGUGGAGCCAUCAUGCUCUUCAGAAGAUAUUAAGAAGGCAUACCGGAAAGCUGCAUUGAGACAUCACCCAGACAAGGCUGCUCAAUUAUUGGUAAGGAACGAGAAUGCUGAAGAUGGAUUUUGGAGGGAUAUUGUCAAGGAAGUCUACGCAGAUGCGGAUCAUCUGUUCAAAACAAUCGGGGAGGCAUAUAAUGUUCUUUCUGACCCGGGCAAGCGUGAAGAGUACAACUUUGAAGAGGAUCUAAGAAAUGCUAGGAGGAGAGUAUCUAGUUCAAGGAGCAUGCAUAGGUCACCUGAACAGAACUACAGCAACAGAGGCUUUAAUCCACGGCAGUGGCAGUCAAGCAGAGCAUCACGUUCACGUUGGUACAGCAAUUCAGACGAUUAUUACUGGUAAAGAAGCCACUGCAUAUGGAUUGGUCAUGUGGUGAGAAGCAACUUUUGCAUCUGUUGCAUGUGGAGCACCAGAUGAGAGGAACCUGCCUUCCUGGGGUUUUUAGGUGCUGGUGCAUCACAGUCGCAGCUUUCCUGUCUGUUUGCUGUGUUCCUUUUCCAGAGGAUGGAAAUAUUAGGAUUGGUCAACUGGGGAUCUGGGAUGAUUGCUUGACACUGGUAGUGUUGUGACUUGGCUAGCACAGCAAAUAUGCGGGAUUUGGAAGUGUGUACAUCAAAUUAUCUUUUGUUGGUCUGGUGAUUUCUGAACACUGACUGCUUGGGAGUGGCCGGAUGGUAUCGGCUCUGAAGUCUGGACACUGAGAACAACAUCGAAGGUUAGAAACAUGGAUAAUGAUGUCGGUUUCUCCAAUAUCUACAGGCACUCUUUUGCUGAAUGCAUGGCUACUGUUUGGCAUGGGCAGUUUACAGCAGAUCAGCUGAAAGAAAAGAGACUUGCUCUUCUGUUUGGCGCGUGCAGUUUUGUUCUGUGGUUUCCUUUUUAUCCAAAUGAUGUAGGGCUGGAAACAGAGUGGGUACAUAUUGUAACUGGCUAACUGCUCAAUGUUGAAAUCUCGAAUUAUUUAUUUAUUCUUUGUUACUGUUAGCCCAAUGUUGGGAAUAUUUCAAGGAGAUCAAGGUUCCUUCGUAUAAAAAAGAGGCUCGGGUUGUGGUGA